UGAAAUUUAGGACCAAAGAUAAGUGAAGAAAACCAGGAUCAGUCCAGAUGAAACUUUCAGAAUACCCCAAAAAUGGUCCAGCGUUGGGAUCUUUGUAAGCCCAGGAUUUCGAUUUUAAAUCAAACCCAAAGAUAGUCACAGUGGAUAAAUUCCUUGCCUCCCGAAAUACGAUGGAUGCCCAAUAGGCCUUAGUACCACCUGAGAGAGACCCUUCCACCUGAGAAAUAUUCGAUAUCACAGUGAGUUUUGAGUCACAAACUUCACAACUCACAAGCAACAAACCUUGUCAAUUCCCCCCCCCCCCCAAAAAAAAAAAAAAAAAUCCUUCUCUUAUUUUUUGUUUUCAAAAUGAAUUCAGUAAGUAGCAGUAGCCAGUUGAAGAUCCACAUUCCACAUUUCUCGGAGCCCCACUCACGAAAUGUCUCCGAUACACGAAAACUUCAGCUCCCAUUUUCUUCUUCUUCAUUUCCAACUCUGUAUUUCUCGCGGUCUCUAGGGUUUCCAUUUCGCUCUGAUUUUAAUUUCGCACAUUGGAGCAGCACAAGGUUUGUAAUCAGCAAGUGUGUAAAUGGGAAAUCUUCGGAUCCUCUGGAACCGGGUUCGGGUCUAAACGAUGCAACCGGACCAGCUCAGGUGCCUAAACAAAAGGACAUUUCUAUUGUGAAGGUCUUGAAGGAAUCAAAUUCCCUUUUGCCUCAUGUAGUCCUUGCUAGUACACUGUUGGCUCUUGUCUAUCCGCCUUCUUUUACAUGGUUUACCACCAGGUACUAUGCACCUGCAUUGGGGGUUCUAAUGUUUGCAGUAGGGGUUAAUUCCAGAGAGAAUGAUUUCCUUGAAGCAUUCAAGAGACCAGCAGCUCUUUUUGCUGGUUAUGUUGGCCAAUUUGUUGUUAAACCUCUGCUAGGAUAUUUUUUUGGCAUUAUCUCAGUCACACUUUUUGGUCUUCCAACCUCCAUUGGUGCUGGGAUUAUGUUGGUUUCUUGUGUUAGUGGGGCUCAGCUCUCAAGUUAUGCUACUUUUCUCACAGACCCACAAAUGGCCCCUCUAAGCAUUAUUAUGACAUCAUUGUCUACUGCUACUGCAGUAUUUGUCACACCAAUGUUAUCACUCUUGCUCAUUGGAAAAAGACUUCCUGUUGAUGUAAAAGGAAUGGUGUUUAGCAUUACGCAGAUUGUAGUUGCACCCAUUGCUGCAGGCUUGCUAUUGAAUCGGUUCUUCCCCAAGAUCUGUAAUGCUAUUCGGCCAUUUUUGCCUCCACUAUCAGUAUUAGUGACAGCUCUUUGUGUUGGAGCCCCACUUGCGAUUAACAUCAAGUCUGUUCUAUCUCCUUUCGGAGCAACCAUUUUGUUCCUCAUUGUUGCAUUCCAUUUGUCAGCAUUCAUAGCUGGUUAUGUCUUUACUGGUUUAGUGUUCCAUAAGGCUCCUGAUGUGAAAGAGCUGCAAAGAACACUUUCCUAUGAGACAGGUAUGCAAAGCAGUCUUCUGGCCCUCGCACUUGCAAAUAGGUUCUUCCAAGAUCCACUUGUGAGUGUGCCUCCCGCAGUCUCGCAACUCCAUCUCCAAAUAGUUUGACUGCAAUGGAUCAAAAUCUAGUUUUUUCUACUACUAAUGGAGGCAAUUAUUUUGGGACAUAAACAUGGUAUAUCUGUCGUGGUGCUAUAAUGGGUUUGAUGACUUUCGGGUAUCCCUAUUUUUUGUCACCGAUAUAUCCAGUUUUUUUAAUUUUAUGGGUACAUAUUAGACAUACAUCAUGUAUCAAAUGUGCAUCUCUUUCUGCAGCUAUAUUAUCAUCUCAAAUUCCAUAAGCAAUAUAACAAAUAUAUGAAGAAUUCUGAAAGUAAGAACAGGCACAUCCGCAUGGUCACCUUUCUGCAGCUAUAUUAUCAUUUCAAAUUCCAUAAGCAAUAUAACAAAUAUAUGAAGAAUUCUGAAAGUAAGAACAGGCACAUCUGCAUGGGAAUCUAAUGUGACCAUGCAGAGCAUGUCAGACUUGUAUUGAAUUUGUUGUUGAAAUUUUGAUAUUACCCUAUAAAUAGUUACAAAUGAGCUUCUUCUUGCUUGUGACUUCAAUUUGCAUGUUCAAUGCCUGAUGAGAUCUACUUAUAAAAUAGAUCUUGAAAUUAGCCUUAAUGACUUGCACGUGACUGCAUUUCUGCUAUAGCAUUCUCAUCCCUCUUGGAUUUUGCACACUUUUUCAUCUAUUGUGCUCUCCCCAUUGGAAUAACUGUUGUAGCUACUCACACCAGAAUCUAAAAGCUUUGUAUUUCCGAGUUAUCUUGUUAGAAUUAUGUUUAAGUGAUUAAAUUCACCAUUUCCUAACAAAUUAAACUUUUGGGGGAAUCAAUAAUUUAUUAUGGUAUCAGAGUAGAAGAUCCUAAUUUUGAUCCUUGCCUCCACUAUACCUCCCAAUUAAAAUGUUAAAAAUCCCAUGUGUUGGGCCUCACUUAUUAAGGGAGAGUUUGGGUCCACACAUGAGGGGGGAGUGAUUAAAUUUGCCAUUUCCUUAUAAUUUAAACUUUUGGGAGAAUCGGUAAUUUAUUAUAUUCAUUGGCUAUAAUGACCUGUUGUUGUUUGAUUUGCUAGAAAUAUGUUUAUAGCCAAUAUAGAAUCGUAGCAUAUAUCACAUGAUAAGAAAAUCUUGCUGAAGAUUUACCAAACUACAUCAAUUUUUAUUUUUAUUUAUUUUUUAUUUUAUUGAUUUGUAAGAUUACACAUACAUGUUAUGGGUUUUGAACUCAUGAUCUCACCCUACACUACAAUCUUUAACGGAGGGAGGAAACUCUAAUUGAGCUAAAGAUCAUUGACAAAAUUCCACCAAAAUUUAUUCAAAGCUGUCUUUUUCGCUCUUACUUAUACAUACAUAAUGUACACAUAUACUCACACACACACACACACACAACACCUCUUUUGAAUUAGGUUGCAUUAGGUGUUGAAUAUUAGUCUGCGGGGGAUUUUGAGGAAUAUCCACAUUGUUUCUAUGAU